AUGGCUCUCCUCUCAUCCAAAACCCUCAUCCAAGCGCACGCGCUAUUCACAUUCAUCCUUUCCGUCUACCUAGUCAUCUCCCCCAACGCCAUCACAGACUCGGACAUAAUCUUCAUAAUCGGCGAAGCAAUGCAAAUCGACCUUGACCCCGCAAUGACAACAUUCCAAUACCCCCUCGCAAUCUGCGCGAUCUUAUUGACAGGCGAGGCUUUGGUCGACCUCAUCAUCGUUCGCAAACUGCCGCAAAUCGACGAUAUUCUCUCCACCGUCCAACACGAGCAACGACGUACAGAAGACACGGGAUUCUCGCGAAUCACGCUCCAGAAACCGAAACAAAACAUCAAUGCGUUGACGAUACAGUUGGCCACGCUAUACAAUGAGAUCUGGACGUUUAUUGCGUGCGUGAGGUUCUGUUUCUUCUUUGCGGUUUCGUUGUUUAUAUACACCAGUGGGGGUAAUGCUGGGAAGGCAAGCUUGGAGUGGUCGGAUGAUGAUGCUGGGCAAAUCAAGUUGGGCCUGGAACAGGUUAAGAGUAGGGUUGUGUUUACGUAUGCAUUUGUGGAGAUGAUGUUUUGGUUAUGGACACUCUCGAAUGUGCGCGAGGAACGACGCGAGGUGGCUACUCGCCUGGCGCAGCAACAAGCCGCGGAGAACGAGCGGAAUCUUAAGCUCUAG